GUGUUAUAAUGGAGCUAAAUUUUUAGUCUCCGUAAGGUAAAACGGUAAUGAGGUCUGCGUUUUGCCAUGUUACAUUAGAACAGUGAGCCAACUGCGUUUGUAAUUCACCUACCAGAUCCUGUUGAUUGACUUUGCUCAAUUCUGAACCGCGGCAAAUAGUGGUUUUGUUUAGCAGAGAUGGAUAUGUUGACGGUAAGGAAGUUAACAAGAAACUGGCGAAAUUCUCGGGAGGAAGACAAGUUCUCUCUCCCAACUCUCGACGAUUCUCGUCCCAUGGACACCCAAGAACAAGAGGAGCUUGUUCGGUCAUUGGAAAGGAGUCAAGCUCAGCAGAGCCUGGUUUGGAGGAGUGCGUUCGCAGCAUUUGUCUUUUGUUUCGCUAUGUUUCUUGUUUACUCUAUCUUUCAGCAGGUUUUGUCUCCCUGGGAACUGCGCUAUCAUGCUUACUUCAUGGAAGAAAUUGACUCAUGGAUGAUCAUAACUGCAGAUUGGAUGGCUGUUUUAGCAUGCUCCUUGGCCAUCAAAGGGCUUGUUCAUAAUUCAAAAGAUCGGAGGCAAUGGAUUUGGUACUCAUGUUUUGUUGGCUUCGUACUUGCAGUUUUCUGGUCAUAUUACAUGCUAAGGUUGCCAAAAUUUCGGUGGGAUGUUAUCUGGCUUCCUUUUGGACCUCUUAGUGGAGCUGGAAUUUGCCUGUAUGUAGACCACUUACUGAACGAGUCAUCAGAGGAAGUAAGAAAACUACGAGGCUAUAUGUAUGCUUAUAAAGUGAGCUAAAAGUUCCCUCCUCUCUUAUCUUCUAAUUUGACCGGAGCUGGACGACAGACGGGGUAUGGUUUCAAACUUGAUCUAAGAAUACAAUUGGGCUACUGGGACAGAAAUUGGAGAGGGGAACCAUUAUGCUGUGGUGAACUUUUUAUCUUCAUCUUUAAUGGCGGAAGAAGUUGACAAGACACCUCUACCAUGAGGGAAUUUAUUUUAAAUUUUUUAUCCUCUCUUUUUGUGAGAUAUCUUUGACGGUAUAUUGUAUGCCAUAAUGCCAUGGUAGUUGACUGCUACUCAUUUCAGUG